AGUUCACGUUUCAACGCUGUUCGGUUAGUAUCGCGCGUGUUUAUGCUCCGCGGCGUUUUGUUCUCUGUGAGUGUGUUGAUUUUUGGUGCGGGCUGCAACAAACAGCAUUGACCCGGGCUUUGACGGAGUUCUGGGCCCAUAAUCGCAGCAGGCGGGCCGUGCGCUCGGAAGUGAAUAGAGAGAUAGAGCGCGGCAGCAGUUGACGCGGAAUGUGUGUGUGACAAUAAUCGUAAUCAUAAUCAUAGCAGGCUAAUUUAUUGGAUAUCUUCCGACUUGUGUAUUGUGUGUUGUAUUGUUGUUUGGCGCAAAGUGGAGAGGCUCGCUCGUGUAGAUGAUAUGCGCACGAGCGGCGAGGAGUGCAGCGCGACGUUUCUUAUCUCGUGAUUUCCUUUAUUGUAUUACUCUGUUGCCGCCCAGAAGCGUCCAGCUUGCCAAGUCUCCAGAGUGUCGUUGAUGUGUGAGAAAAGCAAUGCAAUCGAAUUAAAUUGUUACUCUUAUAUCGAAGCGAAGGAAGAAAAGUGCCGUCGGCGAUCGUUCCAAGUGAAGGCGCAGGUGAUCGCGCUUUCUUACGGAUUGUCCUCUGUACUCCUGCGAAGAAGCGAAGCCUGCGACAUCAGAAGAAGAGCCGAAGCUUGUAAUGACCAUGUGUGAUAAGUGACGGUCGCCACAGCCUGCUGCGCCAUCCAGAGUGUCCUGCGUAAAUUAUACAGUGUAUACAGUGAGUUGAUUGGAAAAGUCAAUCGAAACGGGGAAGCGAAGUGAUUCUCGAAUAAAAGUGCCCUCAAUUACGUUGGGCGUAAUCUAGAGGUGUAGCAGAAAAUGAUAAUAAAUUUGGUGGAACCGCUCAUUAGUGGGCAAGUGACGACAGUUUGCUGACAAGUGGGCAACGGUGGCACACGAUCUAAUUGAAUUUAAAAACCCCGGUAAUGGUUCCGGCGUUUUUCUCAGCGCCUGCUAUUGUCGGAAUCUAGAAGAAACCCAAAAAACGCCCAUGAAUCGCAGGAACCGGCACAAGAAGAGGCGGAAGAGUUUCGUGGAGAAGAAUGCUGCGGCACAUUAGAAGCAUAAUCAGAGGCCGAAGAAAAAUGGGUGUUUAAAACAAGGGGCGUCAAGGAAAGGUUGUGUCGUUUGAAGUGAAGAAAGAUCGAGGGUAGCGAACAAGUGAUGAAUUUAAUUCCGUUCGGAACAGCAAACUGCAACAAGUGGAAAAAGUGGUAGCGGAACUGUGCGUUGCGACAACGACGACGAACAACGACUGCUGCCCAAAGGCUGCUCAACGGCUGGAUUUAGUGCAAAUCUUGGCGGAAGCAGCGAAGGAGGCAGUAGCUGAAGCCGAUUGAUUGUGCCCUAGUAGGAGGGAGAGGGAAGUUUUGGAAGAAGAAGAAGUUGACAGUUGUAUGUCACUGUUCGGUCGGAGGAGUAUGGGAAAGAUGGCCAUCUGUAGUAGGUUACACACGUGGACCAGCGUCUUCAUCGUACUGUUUUCUGUGAUCUCAAUGGUUUCCUCGUCGGGCUUCUUCGAGAUGCAAAUUCUGGAGAUAGCCAACACCAAUAGCCAUCUACUGUCCGGAUAUUGCUGCGGUCUACCGGCGACGAAGCAGCGAUUACAGACGACCGGAUGUCCGGCAUGUGCAACGGCUUUUAGGUUGUGUCUCAAAGAGUACCAGGGCACGACGUCAUCGAGCAGUGGCCAGCAGCAGCUGAAGUCGCAGAAGCAGCAGGGCAGUAGUAGCGCAGCGGAAGCCCUGCUGCUGGCCGACGAACCGCAAACGGCUGCCUCGUCGGCCAUGUAUGGGUGUGCCUUUGGCAAUGCCAGCACCCCCACGUUAGGGGGCUCGAGCUUCGUCCUGUCCGACUCGGAAGUCGGUCGGGUCACGCUGCCCUUCACGUUCCGGUGGACGAAAUCGUUCACGCUCAUUCUGCAAGCCCUGGACAUGUACAACGAGUCCUACCCAAUUGCCGACCGGUUGAUCGAGGAGACUUCGUUCUCCGGUGUCAUUCUGCCGUCGCACGAGUGGAAUACAUUAGAUCACACGGGGAAGAACGCCCGGAUCACGUAUCGGGUCCGAGUGCAGUGCGCCGACAACUACUACAACACGACCUGUACGACGUUCUGCCGGCCCCGGAACGACCAGUUCGGGCACUAUACCUGCGGCGAGCAGGGCAACAAGGUGUGCCUACCGGGCUGGCAGGGCGCCAACUGUGAGCAAGCAAUCUGCAAGCCGGGAUGCGAUCAAAUUCACGGCAAAUGUGACCAGCCCGGGGGAUGCGAAUGUCGGCCCGGAUGGCGGGGGCCGCUUUGUAACGAGUGUAUGGUCUACCCGGGCUGUCGCCAUGGCUACUGCAAUGGUAGCGCCUGGCAGUGCAUCUGUGAUACCAACUGGGGCGGAAUCCUGUGCGAUCAAGAUCUCAACUACUGUGGAACGCACGAGCCCUGCAUGCACGGGGGAACCUGCGAGAACACCGCUCCGGAUCAGUACCGGUGCACCUGUGCCGAGGGCCUGUCGGGGACACGCUGCGAGAUCGUGGAACAUCCGUGUGCUCCGCAGCCGUGCCGAAAUGGCGGGACCUGUACCUUGACCGGAAGUGGUCUGGGUCGCGGUUCGGCGGCGGAUGACAAGCUGGCCGCGGCGGAAGCGACGAGCACUACGCCGAUCAUAGUGCGGGGGAUGCGAGGGAUGAGUUCGAUGGGGAAGCCGUUCGGGAGGAGUAGCGGAAGUGGGGGAGGGGGAGUGAGCGGGGGAGGUGACGGGUCGUCGUCGAGUAAGGAACCAUUGUUGCAGCCGCAGCCGGUCAAAGAUUUCAUCUGUAGCUGCGCGCCCGGAUGGACCGGGCCGACCUGCGAGAUAAACAUCGACGAAUGCGCGGAAGGACCCUGUCAGAACGGUGGAACCUGCAUCGACAUGGUCGGGAAAUUUCGCUGUGAAUGCCCACCGCAAUGGACAGGGGAAACCUGCAAUAUCGACGUAGACGAGUGCGAAACGAACGUCGCCUCCGGGCUGGGGCCGUGCAUCAACGCCGAGUCCUGCCGGAACCUGCCCGGAUCGUUCCAGUGCAGCUGCCUGGAAGGCUGGGGCGGACCGACGUGCGCCCAGAAUCUGGAUGACUGCGUAGGCCGGUGCAAAAACGGUGCCACCUGCAUCGAUCUGGUCAACGACUACCACUGUGCGUGCUCCGUCGGGUACACCGGUCGUGACUGCAGUACCGAUAUCAACGAGUGCGCCAACUUCCCCUGCCGCAACGGGGGCGAGUGCGUCGAUCUGAUCGGCAACUUCAAGUGCAUCUGCCCGCUCGGCUACUCCGGGACGCUGUGUGAGGAGGCGAAAGACCACUGCACCUCGUCACCGUGCAUCGAAGGACGGUGUUUGAACACUCCCGGCGGUUACUACUGUCACUGUCCGCCGGGUCGAGCUGGCAAGCACUGCGAGUACCUAAGGACGCCCUGUGAUUCUCCGCCGUGCUUAAACGAUGGCUGUACGAUGACGAACGAAACCUCCGGUUCGACGGCGCUGACCCCGUGUAGCGGCCGUGGGAAAUGCGAAUCCAGCACGUUGGGGUCGAGCUGCGUCUGUCAGACCGGUUUCACCGGGCCCUUCUGCCAGCACAAUGUUAACGAGUGCUUCUCGAAUCCGUGCAAGAACAGUGGAAUCUGUAUCGAUGGCGACGCGGAUUAUACCUGUGAGUGCCCUCCCGGAUGGACUGGGAAAAACUGUGCGGAUCGUGCCGUGCAGUGUCUUCCCGGGCAGUGUCUGAAUGGGGGUUCGUGCAUCUUGUCGCCGAUCUCCGGCAUAUCACAGUGUCGGUGUACUCUCGGGUGGGGUGGCCCGUUCUGCAACGAACCCGUGGACCAGUGCCAGGGUCAGCCGUGUCACAACGGAGGAACGUGCGAGUCAGGUCCCGGGUGGUUCCGCUGUCUUUGUGCGCGGGGCUUCUCCGGUCCGGACUGCCGAAUCAACGUGAACGAGUGCUCGCCGCAGCCAUGUCUCGGUGGAGCCACGUGCAAGGACGGGAUCGGAGGCUUCACGUGCCUCUGCCCCGUCGGACGGAGAGGCGUUCGGUGUGAAAUUCUUCUUUCGGACCCCUCGUCAGUGUGCUCGAACACGACGACCAACUCUCCGUACGACCCUUUGGUGACGAGCGACUCGUCAACGCCUACUGCGCCGAUCGACGAGGGCAACUGCAAUUCGUGCGUCUGCGUCAACGGGAAGCCUCGCUGUUCGAACAUGUGGUGCGGCCUGCGGAACUGUUUGAACAAAAAUCUGUCCAACAGUGCAUGCGAAAGUCAUCAGGUUUGCGUGCCGGCAGCGCAGGAAAGCUGUCUGGCGCCACCGUGCGCACCCCGUGGAGACUGCCGGACGUUUGAGCCGUCUCGGAGGGUCGCCCCUCCGCGGAUACCGGCACCCAUCGAUUGCUGGCCAAAUCAGGCCACCCUCGGUACACACUGCGCGCGGAUAUCGAUCCUGAUGGAGCUGAACCGACUGUCGCGGGGCACUUCCGUUGACGGCAUGUGUCAUCUGCUACGGCUGCAGCUCGGCGAGAAACUCGUCAAGAGCCCCUCGAUCGACGUUACGGUCUUCGUGGUGGUGAUGUGCGAUCUCAAAACCGGAACCAACGAUACGAUCGAAGUUACUCUGUCUACUCCGACGGACACCAGCAACAGUGCGUCCAGCCCUCUGACGGAAGCCGUUCGCCUUCUGGCGGAGAUCCUCUCGCGUCAGCAGGGCGUCCAGAACGACUCCUUUCAGACGGACGUGGCCGAGGCAGCUCCACUGACUUCCAUCCUGGAGGUCAAGGUGGAAACGGCGCUGAUUAACGAAACCAACGCCGGAUCGAACUACCUGAUAGCGGUAGGCUUCGGCAUUGCCAUAGUAGCGCUCUGCGUAGGCGCCUUCGUGGCACUCGUCUGGCGCCAAAAGCUCCAAAGCCACAGUGGCUCCGGAACGAAUCUCACCCCGCACAUGGACCUGUCUCGAAGCCAUGAGGAAGAAAAGAGCAACAAUCUCCAAAACGAGGAGAACUUCCGGAGGUACGCCAACCCCCUCAAAGGCAGUGCCAGUUCGCUGCGAGGUGCCAUGGAACUCAGCCUGAACCCAGCGCCGGAGAUCAACCAAAUAGCCGGCCCAAGCACGGUCCAUCGGUCCCAGCAGCUCUACCCCAGCUGCGGCAACGAUGCCGAGUUCGAGAAGGAUCCCGAAAAACAAAAGGCCGCCAAUCGAAACUCGCACAUCCUGCUGCACAAAACGCAAAACUCCGACAUCACCAAGAACAUUGUCAGCUCGAUCGAGAGCCAACACAAAGACUUUGGCAAGCGAAGCAUCAACGAGCACACGGCGCCCGGAGGCGUCGCGAUGCCCCCUUCCACGCCCAGCAGUGCCUCAGUAGUAAUGCCAGUGAAUGGCGCAGUAGUGGUAAGUAGCGUAGCAACGGCACCCAGCAGUACGGCGCCUACUGCGAUGAUUGAUUCCGAUGUUCUCACCGUACAUGUAUGAGGCUCUCCAGCUCUCAUCAGCCGAGAGCAGUACGGACUAAAAGUGAGAUUCUCAUUUCUCUGAAUAGGACUUAUUUUAUUUUCUAGAAUUUUUAAAAGUAUUUAUUUGCCUUCCCUCUCACUCAUACACACUGAAACAAAAAAACGAACCGCGUAGACUUGAUUGUUGACAUUAGAUAGUGCUUGUGCAUCGUGUAAAUAUAGGACCGAAGGUGGACGAUACGCAAAACUGUAUGCCGUGAAAGAAUGAGUGCAUUUUCCGUACUUUGAGAAGCAAGACAAGAAUGACAUUUAGCAGCCGCGUAGAGUGUACAGUUUAAUGUAAUGUGAUAUUAAGUAAGGAGAAGCAAUAUAUUUCUUUAGGUUGAUCGAACGAACGAAAGACGGAGAGAGAAGGAGAGAGAUCACAAUAUUUAUCGCGUCGUUUGCGCACGCAGACUUAAUUCUAGUUAGUUUUUCGUCGCGAAAAAACUGAUCCCAGCACACAAAUUUCGCUUUAUUGAAAAAGCGGAAUAUUUUGGCGCCAUCUGUAUAAACGAUAAAAACGAACAUUAAGUGACACUUAAACGAUAACUCAUUACAAAUCCACAAAAAAAAAGACACGAACGCACUAAUUUAAAAGAGUAGGCUUUAAGAAUCUCAAAACGAAUAGGAAAUGAAAAGUUUACACUAAAUAAAAUAGUUCCUUGUUUAGUUACGGUCGUUUUAGCCUAGAAUGCUUGAAUAGUUUUAAACAGAAGACAGUGGAAGAAGUAAAAAC